AUGCCGCGCCUUCGAAAUAGCCUCUUCCCUCUCCUCCGCGCCGCCUCCCCGCUACCCUCCCCCAUCCACCGCCGCGCGUGCCGCCUCCUCUCCACCUCCACCGCCAUCACCCCCGCGCCCUUCUCCCUCGAGGACUACCUCGUCGCGUCCUGCGGCCUCGCCCCAACCCAAGCCCGCGAGGUGUCCAAGAAGGCGUUCCACGAGUUAUCCAGAGCACACAGGAGACCAUCGGAUGAGCUCUCCUCCUCCCGCAUCAACUCCGCCUCCAACCCCGAUGCUAUCCUCGCCCUGCUCUCCGGCGUCGGCCUCUCCCGCGACGACAUCGCCGUCGUCGUCUCCGCGGACCCGCUGAUCCUCCGCGCCUCCGUGAAGAACAUCGCCCCCCGCCUCCUUGCUCUCCGAGACCGGCUCGUGGCAACCAUCUCCCGUAAUUCCAAGGACAGGGUUGCCGCCAAGCUUGAGUUCUAUAAGAGGAUUCUUGGUGUUUCUGAAUCUGAGGUUUCCACUGCAGUGUCCAAGAUGCCAAAUAUACUAAGAUUCUCUGACGAAAUUCUUCUUCGCAAGAUUAAAUUCCUGGUCAGUGAGGCUGCAAUGGAGCCACGAUACAUUGUUGAAAGGCCUGUCCUGUUAGCAUUGAGCCUGGAGAAGCGGCUAUUGCCCAGGCAUUAUGUCAUCAAGGUCCUGCAGGAAAAGGGACUGUUGGAUAUGAGCUUUUACUCAGUAGUUGCACUUGGAGAGGAUACUUUCAAAUCAAAGUUCAUCGACCGUCACAAGGACUCAGUUCCUGGCCUUGCAGAUACUUAUGCUGCAGCUCGUGCUGGCAUUAUGCCAUCUAGAAUCUAA